CCUUCUAUUACCUGCUGUUCUGAUAUUUGUUAUCACUUAAGAAAAAAGACUAGUACAAAUCACAGGACCGCUUGUUAUAUGAAGUAUUAUAUCCUGAAAUAAAUUUUAGACCAAGAAAAUGACUGAGGCACCUUGUGACAUGGAAGACAUGAAACGUGAGGUGAAGACUCUUACACACUUGGAGGUGGAAAGGCAUGAUAUGAAUACACUCAGUUUGCCUCUUAAUAUUCGUCGGGGAGGUUCAGACACUAACCUCAAUUUUGAUGUACCUGAUGGCAUAUUUGAAUUUCACAAAGUAAAACUCAGUGCAGAUAGUCUGAAACAAAAGAUUCUGAAAGUUACUGAGCAGAUAAAAAUAGAACAAACAGCUCGGGAUGGGAAUGUUGCAGAGUACUUGAAGCUGGUGAACAAUGCAGACAAACAACAAGCUGGGCGAAUUAAGCAAGUCUUUGAAAAGAAGAAUCAGAAGUCUGCCCAUUCCAUAGCCCAGCUACAAAAAAAAUUAGAACAAUAUCACAGAAAGCUCAAGGACAUAGAACAGAAUGGUUCCUCCAGAGGCAUCAGAGACGCUUCCAAAGACAGCCUAAAGGAAAUCCAACACUCUUUAAAAGAUGUGCAUGGAAAAGCUCGUGCUACCGGCCAGAGCAAUGAAAACAGCAAAACAGGGGUUCCAGGAGUCUCGUUGACACCCCCAGUGUUUGUUUUCAACAAAUCCAGAGAGUUUGCAAAUCUGAUUCGGAAUAAGUUUGGUAGUGCUGACAACAUUGCUCACUUGAAGAGUAGCUUAGAUGACUUCAGACCAGAAACUACAUCUAGGGCAUAUGGUGGUAGUGCCACCAUAGUAGCUAAGUCAAAAUACGCCAGUGAUGACGAAUGCUCAAGUGGCACAUCUGGAUCUGUAGACAGUACUGGCAACCAAUCUUUUGGCCAUGGUGGGACAAAUGCUUUGGACAACCAUGGAAAGCUUUCUAUAUUCUUGGAAGAACUGAGGGAAAUAAAGGAAGCACAAUCCCAAUUAUCAGAAGAUAUUGAGAAUUUAAAAGUACAGUUCAAAAGAGAUUAUGGCUUUAUUUCUCAGACCUUGCAGGAGGAAAGAUUCAGAUAUGAGCACUUAGAAGACCAGCUAAAUGAUCUAACAGACCUCCAUCAACAUGAAACAGCCAAUUUGAAGCAAGAACUGGCCAGUAUUGAAGAAAAAGUAGCAUAUCAGGCUUACGAGCGGUCACGUGAUGUUCAGGAAGCUUUGGAAUCUUGCCAGACACGGGUUGCUAAAUUGGAACUCCACCAGCAAGAACAGCAAGCAUUACAAUCAGAAACUGUUAAUGCCAAAGUCCUACUAGGGAAAUGUAUAAACGUAGUCUUGGCCUUCAUGACUGUUAUCCUAGUAUGCGUCUCCACCAUAGCAAAGUUUAUAGCUCCUAUGAUGAAAAGCCGUUUCCAUAUUAUUUGCACGUGUUUUGCAGUAACUCUUCUUGCAAUUUUAUGCAAAAAUUGGGAUCACAUUAUUUCUGCCAUAGAAAAGAUAAUUAUACCAAGAUGAAACCACAAGUAUGAAGACUUUCUUUUUUUAUUAUUUUAGACAUCUAAACAAACUACCAAAUCUUGUAGUCUAAUCAGACAGAUGAAGACUUUUUUUUCCACCUGGACAUAAGCAUGUAAGACUGAAAACUCCUGACAAUGCUUUCACCUUAUCAGUCACAGUGUAAGGAAUGAAGUGAAUCUUUUAUGAGGUGGAUGAUGUGUAUACAUCUUUUUGCCUUAAUCCAAUCAAUUUUUCUACACCACAGAUUUCCGCCAAAUUCUGAAUUAAAGAUAUUAACUAGAUAAGCUUCAAGUGGAAUGAAUAAUAGAAGUAGUGAUGGUUGGGAGAAUGCAUUUUACUAAAUGGAAAUCCACAAUGUCCUAUCUUUAUCUAAAGCAUUUUCCUUAUGAUGUAUUUCCAAAUGUCCAUGUCUUAGGAAAUGCUAGUCAAAUUUCCCAGAUUACCUAAUGAUCAACAUUCCUAUGGUGGGAAUUGUGCUGAAGUGGAAUAUCUUCAGUUAAGGUAUUUGUACAGAUUUUUAUCCAAUAGUCAUACAGUAUAUUUAACUGUCUAGAAUUUAUUUUGCCUUUCAAAUGAGUUAUUCCACUCUGAUUUUAUUUCAUGAUUUUAAGAUAACAAUGUCCCUACCGUUGAAUGAAAGAGAUCAAGCACUUGGUUCUUCUGUGAAUCCAAAGAUGGGGAUCCCUAUCUUACAGGAAAAUUUCUGUAGCCUACAGAAACCCCAUUUAUCAUAAAUGCAAAGAUAAGAAAAACUUUUCAUCUUCUUUCAGACAUUGAAGGGGAUAUGAUCAUGGCCAACAGAGCACAAAUAUACACAGUAGUAUCAAGGAAGAAAUAAAACUAGUGUAACGGAACAUUUUGUUUGGUAGUUUCAGAACAAAGGACCAGGAAGAGUGAACUGAGGCCAAACCAUCCUACCACUGCCUCUUUUCUCCCUACAGCCCAUCCCUCCAAUAAUCUGUAGUAGCUAUUUCAUCACAAAUAAAGAAGACACCUCUCUGAGCUAGCUUGAUGCCUUGGAUACCCUCCCUAUAUGCAUCACUGAUUGUGAGAUGGUAGUGGCAUUUACUUGUACAGUCAGUACAUGCCACUUCACGCACUGCUGUUAGAACCCAUAACAUAUAGAGUCAGCAAACUGCAUAUAGGGUAAGCAGCUGGCCUUCUAACUAGAAAUAGUUGAGAUGGUGCUGCCCCAGGUAAAGAAUGAAGCAAUGGCUGAAGCAGUGAGUCCCUCUUCUACCUCAAACAGUGGGACCUCUUAGGCCUCAUUUUUCAUACUUACUAUCUUUCCCUUCUCUAAUUCCUUUAGCUUCCCUAUUUAGCUAACUGUCAUUCUCUAUGAGCAAUACUGCUUUCUUACCAAUCUGUAGUAAUAUUGAUGCAGUAUUCUCAAAUUAGUGUGUUUCAGCCUACAGUAACACCGCAAUCACUGUGAAGUUUGUAUGGAAUCAAGACUUCAUCUAAAAAUACCCUUGUAUAAUCUCCUUGAAUAGAAUUGGCUAGGAAGUGAAAAGGUAGGAGAUACAAUGGUGUGAUUAUGUUCCUUGUUUUUUUUAAGAUGCAACAGCAUCUAUUUUACUUUUAGCACUUUCUUGUAAAUUAAUUUGGCUGAACCUUAAUGCACUGUAAUUCUUUUGCACAUCUGUUGGGUUGUGUUUCUACUGCAUUUCAUAAAUAUAAUGGUAUGGAUGCUGUAAUAAUAAGUGCAUUGUCCAGUAUGGAUUUCCAUCUUUGGAAACUUUGGAUGUUUCAAAAUGCACAUGAGCACAAGCACAGCUCUCUUCAAAGCAUCCACAUCUUCUUUCAGGCUUCAGAUGAACUUGAAAAAAGGCACACCUGUUUUAACAAGUCAAAAAGAUGUGACUACUUUCAAGAGAUGCUGCAAAAGUAUUUCCAUGCAGAAUGAACCAACCCCUCCAAAUCAUGUUUAAGUAUGUGCAACAGUAUUGUACAAGAUGUAAAUAAUGAUAAUGCUUGCACUAUAAAAAUGGUUUAUUAUCAA